CUUAGAUCGCGGCGAGGUUGAGGCGGUGGUCGGGCCCAUGGGCGGGCCCCGCCGCUCCCCAAGGGGACCUAUAUAAGUUGACUCGCGGCCGGUGUAACGCGAUCCUAUAACACAAUCGCGUCUGCCUCAUCAGCGACGAGACAUGCGUCCUCCAGUGCUGUCUCUCUUGUCUUGCAUUGGCCUUGCGCUCGCCCAGCAAUAUCCCGUGACCACGCCGGUGCCCAUUUUAAAGCAGAUAAAUAAACACAAUGAAGACGGUAGCUACAGUUACGGAUACGAGGCUGCGGAUGGUUCUUACAAGAUCGAGUCUAAAUAUCCAACUGGAGAAGUGUACGGAAAAUACGGAUUCGUGGACGACACUGGAAAUAUUCGAGAAGUGGAAUAUGGAGCUUCGAGGCGAGGAUUCGAGCCCCAAGGUCCCGGUAUAAACGUUCCACCACCGACCCUGACUGGUAACAGUAUCGCGAAUCCUAACCAACCCGAGGACGACGGCCAAUACAGAGAAGAUCCGUCCGUUUACUACACGGAUCCUCGUUUCACGAAUGGAGAACGAUACGAACCUCGUCGACCUUUGGUCAACAACCAACCGCGACCGAUUCCUGCACCGAUCUACAAUCCACCAAGGUAUCCCACGCAAGUGCAGUACCAGCCGAAGGCCCAGUAUCAACCACAGUAUCAACCGCAGUACCGAUCGCAGUAUCAACCGCAGUAUCAGGAGCAGCAACAGCGAGCCGCGUAUCCCGCAGCGCCGAUCCAAAGCGGAAUUCAAGGUCGUCCAGCGCCCAACGUAGAUCCAAACGCCGGGCUAGCCUCUUACACGGUUAAUUACAGACGAUAGGGAUCGAUCGUUUACUUUAUGUGUAAAUAUUGCGUUAUUUAUACCGAUAGGGCCAGUUUGUUUUUUCGAAUAUUCGAAUCUCUGAUUUACAUUUACAUCGCGCGCGUAAAGUUUGACGUUUGUUUCGAAUUCGAAUAUUACAGGCCUUGUUAUUCUAUUUUUAUUAUUAUUAUAACGAGUAAAUUGUUAUUUUUCGAUUUUGAGGGCGUUGUUAAAACGUUUGAACGUUCUUUGAGCGUUAGCAAAGAUAUUUUUAUGAAUGAUAAAUUAUAAUUGUAAGUCCUGAUUUUUCUCUUUUUAUCAUUAUUGUAACGAGUAAAUUGUUAUUUUUCGUUUUUUGAUUUGAUUGAGGGCGUUAGAACAUCAUUUGAGCGAGCGUUAACCGAGCAAAGAUAUUUUUAUAAAUUAUAAUGUUGUAUCGAUUCGCAAAAUAUUGUAAUAUUCUUUUUUAUAAUUUGAUAUUAAGUUUAUUUAUGAAAAAUGUUAAGUUCUUUCUUACAUCUUAACACCAGUUUGAACUGGUGUUAAUAGAAUUGAAGAGCACGAAUAUUCGACAAUAAUUUAGGGAACGAAUAGUAUCAUAUCAAUAUCUUUUCAAGAUGAAUACUUUGCUAUUUGAUUAUUCUAUAUACAAUUCUUGCUAUUUUUCAUAUUUCGAACACUUGACAGUACUCCAACGUGGCAUGUUCAUUUCUUUCACAGUAGUUCCUUUAAGAAAAACUUCUACCUCUUUCUUACUUUUCUACCUCUUUUAUAUAUAUAUACAUAUCUGUUCUUUUUAUUUGCACCUCGUGUAGUUAUCUCACGUUUAUUUUCAAUUUUCUUUUAAAUGUUACGUCUUGACGUUAUUUCUUUUAUCUGCACUUCCUAUAUAGCACUUUCGAGACAAUUCUGAAGAGAUAUUUCUCAAAUCAUCGUUAUACCGAUAAAAAAAAUAUAUAUAUAAAAUUUAUAAA